AUGAGCAUAAGUGUGAAGCUUGACUUGGAUGAAGAUGGAGUUGAGGUAAAUCAGACUAUGUAUAGGGGAAUCAUUAGGUCACUCUUGUAUCUUACUGCAAGCAAGCCAAACAUAAUCUUCAGUGUAAGGAUGCACGCAAGGUUUCAAGCUGCACCAAAGGAGUCACAUCUAAAGGCAGCUAAACGAAUACUGAGAUACCUGAAGGAAACUCAGGACCUGGUCCUCUCCUACCCAACAUGUGACUCACUUGAUCUAAUUGGACUUGCAAAUGCUGACUAUGCAGGCUUUCUUGUAGAUCGAAAGAGUACAUCAGGCAUGUCACGUUUUCUUGGAUCUUCACUGAUAUCUUGGGGGAUAAAGAAACAAAAUUCAGUUGCUUUGUCCACUGCUGAGGCGGAAUAUGUAGUUGUUGCUUCAUGUUGUGCUUAA